CCCUCCCUCCUUCCUCCCCCGGCAUCGUUGGAGCUGCUCGGCUGCCUGCAAUCCAACAUGGAGUAGAGAGAGAUGGGGCUCUAGCGGGGCCACCCCUCGGUAACAACAGCGACGACGCGCUUUUUACGCACAACUGGAACCGGAGUCGUCGGUGAAAACAUGCGCCUUAGGACUUAUUAACGGAGUGUGUGCCUUGUGUGUGUGUGUGUGUGUGUGAGUGUGUGUGUAUGUAUGAGUGAGUGUUUGCGAGCGUGCGUGUGUGUGUGCGUGUGUGUGUGAGAGUGUGUGUGUUUGGGGAGGGGGGGUGGGGGGGCGAGAGAGGAGCUGGAUUCGGCUACUAAAUUGUCUGUAUAGGCUACGUUACCUGCUGAAGGCGAUGGGGUAUUAAAGUUGAGAAAGGGGCAUUUGCGAUCCAGAAGCAACUGGGUGGCUCAGCCGAGGGGAAAAGAGGAGAAAAGUGAAGAAAAGAAGACGGAGCUACAGCCAGUCGAAGGCAAGCCAAAGAGCCGACACUCGCACAAAGGCGCAGGGGGGAUUAGCUUUAUGCGGAAUUGGAGACAGGAUCGGAGGAGCCCGCGGUGAAAGAAUGACGAGCGAAAAGUAUGCAAUCGCCGUGGUACAUUACCUGAGGUGAAACGAGAAAAAUGAUAGAAGAAACACACCCAAACGAUGACAGCUACAUCGUGCGUGUGAAAGCGGUGGUGAUGACGCGGGACGACUCGAGCGGUGGCUGGCUGGCCCAGGACGGGGGCGCUCUGAGCAGGGUGGGAGUGUGCCGCCUCCUGCCGCCGGAGCUGGCACCCGUGCCGGCCUCCAGCAGCUCCCAGUUCCUCAUCCGUGGUGAGCGGCUGCGGGACAAACAGGUGAUCCUGGACUGUCCGCUGAGGAAGGAUCUGGUUUACACCAUAGCAACGCCCACGUUUCACCAUUGGAAGGUGGAGGACAGGAAGUGUGGCCUGUCUUUCCAGAGUCCGGCUGACGCAAGGGCUUUCGACAGGGGGGUACGGAAAGCCAUCGAGGACCUCGCUGAAGGCUCCACAACCUCCUCUACAGCACUCCAGAACGAGGGCGAGCUGGGCGACGACGACGUCUUUACUAACACCACAGACAGCUCAUCCAACUCCUCCCAGAAACUGGAGAGCUCCCUACAGCCGCUGGAGUCCUCGCCCCUUCCGCAGAGACACAAGUGUAUGCUGGGACAUCGUCACGACCUCCAUGACCCCUAUCGGCUCUCAGACCACUACUUUUUGGACCAGCCGCUGUCUCGGCUUCCCCGCCAUGUCACCUUCCAGGAGGAUGAAGAAAUCGUCCGCAUCAACCCACGGGAGCGCAGUUGGGAGCGAACUACCGAGCGUCUCCAUGGCCGCCAAUCAGACCGCUCCUGGCUCACGGGCUACGAGGACUACCGCCACGCCACAGUGCGUGACAAGUUCAUCCAAAUGGACGACUCUGAGUCCUACGUCCACUUCGCCAAGACGGAGGCGCAGAAGCACGACUACACCUACCCGCUGGCACCGGCCCUGUCGCCCUCAGACUCUGACCCAGCCCUCGGACCCUUGACCAAUAAGGGCCAUGGCGGCUCGUAUCACCACGGCUUCUCUUCUGUGGUCUCCACCCAGCCCCGCUCCUACCUCCCGAGCUCCUCCCCAUCCUCUAAUGGCGGGAAGGGGCGGAAGCAGGGGGAGGUGGAGCGCGCUCAUUGCGAGCAUUGCGGUGAGCACUUUUACAUCACCGACAAUCGGAGAGGCCGGUGCCAGGAUGCGCCGGACCCUGUGCGGGCGUGCAUCCGGCGGGUCAGCUGCAUGUGGCUGGCAGACACCAUGCUCUACCACUGCAUGUCCGACCCAGAGGGGGACUACUCAGACCCCUGCUCCUGUGACGGGGGCGAGGGCAGCGGCGGAGGCCGAUUCGGCACGCGCUGGUUAGCCCUGCUCGGCUUGUCUCUGGUGGCGCCCUGCCUCUGCCUUUACCCGCCUCUCCACGCUUGCCACCGGGCGGGGCUCAUGUGCGGCUGCUGCGGAGGCCGACACAAGGCCCUGAGCUGAGCCUCCACGCUUGGAAACGGCAAAACCUUAACCCAACGCAAGCACAGGGAAAGGGAAGGAUGGGGGAAGACAGGGAGGGGACAAGUGGUCAUGGCUGCUCGCUCUCUUGCCUUGGUUUCUCUGGGUUUCUCUACAAAUUCCAGACACUGAAAUAAGCCAAAAAAAAAAAAAACAGUUGGUGCAUUUUCUGAACGGCCUGGGAAGAUAAGCUCCCCCUUACGGCAGACAGUUCUCUCAGCUCUCCACGUGGCCAUUUCAUGCUCUGUUUCCAGUGAGAGAGCGCUCUUUUUCAGGGGGCCUUUUUUUUUUUAUAGCUGACCUAUAUGUCAUGUAUCACAUAUGCAGGUACUUUAUACUUUGUACACUGACUUGGCGUCAAAGAACUUGAAUUAUUUCUCUUUGUUCUAUUCUUUUCUCUCCUUUGAUGUUCGCGUGGCCAUUUUGUUUAUAUUCUAUUCCAAUAUCAGGCCCGCUCAGCUCAACUCCAGCUACAAGAGAAAUCAGACACUACACCUCUUUGUGUGUGUGUGUGUGUGUGCGCGUGCGUGCGUGAGUGCGUGCGUGUGUGUGAAUGGUAUAUGUGCAUGCUUACAAUGUGCGCCGAGGCCUUUUGUUGUCAGUUCUGCAGCUUAUAGUAAAGUUUAUGUAUAUAGUCUAUGUAGCUCUCCGCCAUCGACAUCUUCUUUGUUCACUGAAAGAAACGUGGUACUCAUCUUAAUCUAAUAUCCCAAAGAUUUGUGUUUUUAUCCUAUUUAUUUUCUCACUAAAUUGAUCUACCAGCAAAAAGGGUGCUGGGUUGUGAUUUACUCACUGAAUGAGACAGUGCCUCAAGUCAUGCUAUGAUACUCUAGCAUUUGUCUCCCUGCUCCUUUCACAUUACUUCAAACAGUGCCUAAACUAUCACCUAAACCAGGAACCCAUCCAUUGUUAGAGUUCCAGUCUUGGCUUAUUUUACUGAACGUACACUUGAAGCGGUGUGUGUGAGAUUUUUUAAGGCUCUGAUUUCCUCGUUUUUUCGCAGAAUCUCAGCCAGUGGUCCACGUCAUGUCAAGGACUAGAAAAAAUCAGAGAUACCGUUAAAAUUGGUGCCCGUUAUUGCCUUAAAAUGUGGAGUUGGAGAUGGUCACUCCAAACGCUCCAAACUUCACCCCCGUCCCUCUGAAGAUGUCUGCUAUAAUGAAAAGCGUGAGCAUGGUUAUGGCUCCAAGCAAUCAGCCUCACCACAUAUACUUAUAAACUUGGCUUAAACUAUUUUUAUAAUGAAAAGGAACUCUUAAAAAGUUUCUCAUCAAGUGUGUAAACUAAGGACUCCAGUAUGCCUGCGAUGUACAAUCAGCUCCCCUCUUUUAGCCCCUUCCUCCAGUAGAGCCCACCAGUCACAUAUGUGGAACAGCUACGUCCUGCCUGAGGAGGAUUUGAAUGGUUUAACAAAUCAAAUGUGUUUUAAACCAUGUUUAAAUCUAUUCCAAGUAUCCAAAAAAGAAAAUAGAUAUGAAACCUUCUAGCUAGUUGUCUGCAAUUGAAAAUCUGACAUAUUUGUGAUUGUUUAAGGUCAUAAGGUCUUUUUUUGGCCAAAAAUCGAUAUAAUUAUGACCUUUUACAUGGACAAUGUCACUAGAACAAUGUAGUGAGUCUUAUUUCACACUUAUAUAUAUAUAAGAUAAGUGUAAUUCUUGAUUUAUUAAAGGAAUAGUUUGGCAUGUUGGGGAAUAGACUCAUUUGCUUUCUUGCCAAGAUGAGCUUGGAUGAGCAGAUUGAUACCACACAUCUCUGUGCAUUAAUAUGAAGCUAACCUACAGCUGAAAUAUGGUUAGUUUAUCUUAGUAGAAAAACUGAAAAAUAGGGGGAAAUAGCCUGGCUGUGUCCAAGAUCUUGCUUGUUAAAUCCACACAAAAAUUCAAAUGCAUGUUAAUUAGUGAGCUUUGGAGUUUCAAGGUGUGUAUUUUUGGUUUUUUUAACCUUUGGACAGAGCCAGGCUA